AUGCCGUCGCUCUCUGCACUCGCUCCUCUUGCGGGCAUUAUUACCAGUAUUCCUUCUGUGAUUGCGGGCUUUGAUCCGACCUCGCAGAGUAAUGUUGCCGUUUAUUGGGGACAAAACUCAUACGGACAGGGCUCUGGAGCUUAUGUCCAGCAACGGCUCUCAUAUUAUUGUCAAAAUACGGAAAUCAACAUCAUCCCCCUCGCAUUUUUGAGUUCUAUCAACACGCCAGUCCUCAACUUUGCCAACCAAGGAGACCCAUGCACGGUAAUUUCAGGAUCUACGUUAUUUUACUGUUCAGAGCUCGAAGCCGACAUUACCACAUGCCAGGAGACAUAUGGCAAGACAAUUUUGCUUUCUGUUGGCGGGGCCACUUAUACCGAGGGCGGUUUUACAUCCACACAAGCUGCCACAACCGCUGCAAAUAACCUUUGGUCAUGGUUUGGACCUGACACCUCAGGUGACAUUCGACCUUUCGGAACCGCUGUAAUUGAUGGAUUUGAUUUUGACUUCGAAAGCACGGUAUCCAAUAUGCCUGCAUUUGGAAAUCAGCUCCGCUCGUUGAUGGAUACAGAUAAAAACAAAACAUGGCUUCUAUCCGCUGCUCCACAGUGUCCUUAUCCUGAUGCCGCAGAUGGACCAAUGCUUGCUGGAACAGUAUCUUUCGAUAUCGUUUGGGUGCAAUUCUACAACAAUUACUGCGGAGUACAAUCAUUCGUCCCCGGUGUGUCAACGCAGAAUAACUUUAAUUUUGAUACUUGGGACAACUGGGCCAAGACAGUAUCACUAAACCCUAACGUUAAAGUCAUGCUAGGCAUACCAUCAAACACUGGAGCUGGAGCUGGGUACACUUCUGGGGCCGCUCUUGCGAGCGUCAUCGCAUACUCGAAGAGUUUCUCCAGUUUUGGCGGCGUCAUGAUGUGGGAUAUGAGUCAACUUUACGCAAAUGCCGGAUUCCUCGAUGCGGUCAACGUGGAUCUCGGAAAGCCGGCUGUAACCGUACCAGUCACAACUAGCACUGUUACUAGCACUGUUACUAGCACUGUUACUAGCACUGUUACUAGCACUGUUACUAGCACUAGUACCAGCAAAUCUUCAGUCACUUCCACUACUACUUCCGCUACUACAACGACUCCAGGCUCUACUCUCACGACCAUAACAACAACUAGCACCAGCCCUACUUCGACUGGCGGUCCGCUUGUCAAUGAAUGGAACCAAUGUGGUGGACAGGGCUGGACUGGAGCCACUAAUUGCGUCUCUGGCACAACUUGUGUUGCAUAUAGCAUCUGGUACUCACAGUGCAAUCCCAACUAG